AGUUCUCCAGACGACAACGAAGGCUUUCGGUGGCGUAUCGUGUUUCCACGAUUUAACACAGAGUUGACACUUCUUUCUAGUUAAUUAUUUUAUGGCUCGCACUUCUCCUUGUGUAUGUGUUUUGUGGUUAAAACCAAGGAGUUAAAACAUGGUUAAAACGUGGUUAAAACCACUAAAAAUUAUUUCUUAAAAUCUGUGCUUAAAAUCUUGGCGGUAAAUUAUUAACUCUCUUAUUUAUAUUUUUUGUGAUUAUAAAGGGAGAAAGACAGGAGAUGUAUUGUGGUUGAUCAAUAGGUUUAUCAAGUUGUAACUUUAGUUGUAAGAUUGCCAAGAAAAUCAUUUAAGAGCUAAAUGCAGUUUAGAGCUUUAAUUGUAGAUAAUGCUGCAAUGAAAGAUUUUCUAAAUGUAGUUCUAAGCCUAUCAAAAUUCUCGAAAACAUGUGUCUUAAGACUGACCAGUACCAAGAUAUAUUUCAUAGUCUCUGAAGAAGAAAAUGGGCCAAGACAGCCUCUAGUUUGGUGCGAAUUACCAAUAAACUAUUAUUUUAGAGAAUACAACAUUGUUGGAGUCAGCAGUUCUUAUAAUGAGAUUUAUUUAGAAUUGUCAACAGUUUUACUAGCCAGAUCAUGUACCGUAAUAAAGCAAGAUAUAAUUUCAUUUAAAAUUAAAUUAACUCACAAAGAAACACCGUGUUUAACUCUAGAAAUGGAAAUGGCAGCAGGUGAUAUAGCCACCCGGCAAUGCGUUCACGAUAUUCCUGUAGAAGUAAUAUCAAGGAAAUAUUGGGAAUCUUAUGAAGAGCCUCAUUUUACAGAUUUCCAUGUGUCUAUACAAAUGCCUAACUUAAAAUCAGUUAGGAAUAUAGUAGAAAGGAUGAAAAGUAUGAGUCACACUCUUACUGUAAGUGCAAAUAAAGACGGUAAACUUAAUUUAUCCAUUAAUACAAGCACAGUUAAAUUGGCAGCACAUUUCCCCAAUUUAAAUGUCAAUAGUUUUGUGGAAGGAAAUGUGACAAAUUGUAGCAAUGAAGAAAUCAAGUCUAAUUCCGUAUCUUCUACAAUUGACAUUAAAAAGUUUAUAAUGUUUCUUUCUGGCAUGCAGUUAAACAAUUGCCAAGCUGUCUGUAAUAUAGUUCAAGGAAAAAUGGUAAAAUUAUACAUGGAACAACCAGGAGCUUUGCUACUUCAAAUAUUCCUAACAGAAAUGACAAUUUAGUUUGUAUAUAUUGUUUAUUCCAAUAAAUACUCUUUUGUUUAAAAAAA